ACAACCUCUCCCUGCCCGCCCACUCUUCCGCCCAUUGGCCGCCGUAUUCUAUCACUCUCCUGUCCAUUGGCCGCGGCCGCGCCCACUCUCCUGCUCAUAAAUCGCAGCUUCCAGUCACAGUUACAUCCAGCCCCGCCCUCUCUCCCUCUCAUAGGCCGCAAUGCCCCGUCACUCAACUAGCUCCAGUUCCGCCCACAGCACGCAGAUUCCUGUCACUCAGCCAUCAUUAGCCCCGCCUACUCUCUGUGUCCGGCUCCCUGUUACGUCAUUAUCAGAGCUCAGACUCAUUCCCACACAAGGCAGCAGGAGCAGAGAGCAGCCAUUGCUGUGUCUGGCAGCAGGAGGGGGAGUAUAUCAAGGAACACAGGGGUCUGUACAAGGACGUGAUGAUGGAGAAUCACCGGCCCCUCACAUCACUGGAUGGACCCAGUAACAGAGAUACCCCAGAGAGAUGUCUCCGUCCUCUGUAUUCCCAGGAUUGUACAGAGGAGAAUCACAGGAUCCCACAGGAGGAUCAGGUAGAACGUCUGUCUGAUAUUAAAACAGAAGAUACAGGGGGAGAAGAAGAGACGUAUGUUACUGAUAUAAAGGCAGAAGAUAUAGAGGAAGAAGAAGAGACGUAUGUGACUGAUAUAAAGGCAGAAGGUAUAGAUGGAGAAGAAGAGACAUAUGUGACUGAUAUAAAGGCAGAAGAUAUAGAGGGAGAAGAAGAGACGUAUGUGACUGUUAUAAAGGCAGAAGAUAUAGAGGGAGAAGAAGAGACGUAUGUGACUGAUAUAAAGGCAGAAGAUGUAGAGGGAGAAGAAGAGACGUGUGUGACUGAUAUAAAGGCAGAAGAUAUAGAGGGAAAAGAAGAGACGUAUGUGACUGAUAUAAAGGCAGAAGAUACAGAAGGAGAAGAAGAGAUGUAUGUGACUGAUAUAAAGGCAGAAGAUAUAGAGGGAAAAGAAGAGACGUAUGUGACUGAUAUAAAGGCAGAAGAUAUAGAGGAAGAAGAAGAGACGUAUGUGACUGAUAUAAAGGCAGAAGAUAUAGAGGGAGAAGAAGAGACGUAUGUGACUGAUAUAAAGGCAGAAGAUAUAGAGGGAGAUGAAGAGACGUAUGUGACUGAUAUAAAGGCAGAAGAUAUAGAGGGAGAAGAAGCGACGUACGUGACUGAUAUAAAGGCAGAAGAUAUAGAGGAAGAAGAAGAGACAUAUGUGACUGAUAUAAAGGUAGAAUAUAUAGAGGGAGAAGAAGAGAUGUAUGUGACUGAUAUAAAGGCAGAAGUUAUAGAGAGAGAAGAAGAGACAUAUGUGACUGAUAUAAAGGCAGAAUAUAUAGAGGGAGAAGAAGAGACGUAUGUGACUGAUAUAAAGGCAGAAGAUAUAGAGGGAGAAGAAGAGACGUAUGUGACUGAUAUGAAGGCAGAAGAUACAGAGGGAGAAGAAGAGACGUAUGUGACUGAUAUGAAGGCAGAAGAUAUAGAGGGAGAAGAAGAGACGUAUGUGACUGAUAUAAAGGCAGAAGAUAUAGAGGGAGAAGAUGAGACGUAUGUGACUGAUAUAAAGGCAGAAGAUAUAGAGGGAGAAGAAGAGACGUAUGUGAGGGGUGAUCAGCAGUGUAAGGAGGAGGAGAUCCCUACAGAUAUCAGCACAGCAGAUGGACACACAAGCAGGAAUAUCUCAGAAGGACAUCUUAUGUUAUCCCCGGAUUGUGACAUAAAAGAUAAUGACAGUAGACAGGAUUCUCCUGGAGCUAACCCCAUUACCCCAAUUAUACAUCCAGCUCUAUCAGCUGGUCCCCCUGAUCCUGGGGAAUGUUCUCCUGAUCACUCUGAUAUUGGUGCAUCUGUUACAGCUCUGACAGUAGAUACAGUGUUUCCGUGUUCUAUAGAUGCCAAAUGUUUUACACAGAACACAAACCUUAUUACCCAUCAGACAGGUAAGGCAGGUGAGAGGCCACUGAUAUGUUCAGAGUGUGUGAAAUGUUUUACAUGCAAAUCAGAUCUUAUUAGACAUCAGAGAAGUCACACAGCUGAGAGGCCAUUUCUAUGUUCUGAAUGUGGGAAAUGUUUUGCACGGAAAUCAGUUCUUGUUAGACAUCAGAGAAGUCACACAGGUGAGAGGCCAUUUCCAUGUUCUGAGUGUGGGAAAUGUUUUGCACACAAAUCAGAUCUUGAUAAACAUCAGAGACAUCACACAGGUGAGAAGCCAUUUCCAUGUUCUGUGUGUGGGAAAUGUUUUGCACACAAAUCAGAUCUGGUUAAACAUCAGCGAAGUCACACAGGUGAGAGGCCAUUUCUAUGUUCUGAUUGUGGGAAAUGUUUUGCACACAAAUCAUAUAUUGUUAUACAUCAGAGAAGUCACACAGGUGAGAAGCCAUUUUCAUGUUCUGAGUGUGGGAAAUGUUUUGCACACAAAUCAGAUCUUGUUAAACAUCAGAGAAGUCACACAGGUGAGAAGCAAUUUCCAUGUUCUGAGUGUGGGAAAUGUUUUGCACACAAAUCAGAUCUUGUGAUACAUCAGCGAAGUCACACAGGUGAGAAGCCAUUUCCAUGUUCUGAGUGUGGAAAAUGUUUUGCACACAAAUCAGAUCUUGUUAUACAUCAGAGAAGUCAUACAGGUGAGAAGCCAUUUCCAUGUUCUGAGUGUGGGAAAUGUUUUGCAAACAAAUUACAUCUUGUUAGACAUAAUAGAAUUCACACAGGUGAGAGGCCAUUUUCUUGCUCUGAGUGUGGGAAAUGCUUUAUCCAGAAAUCACAUCUUGUUAUACAUCAAAGAAGUCAUACAGGUGAAAAUCCAUUUCCGUGUUCUGAGUGUUGGAAAUGUUUUGCACACAAAUCAGAUCUUGUUAUACAUCAAAGAAGUCACACAGGUGAGAGGCCAUUUUCUUGUUCUGAGUGUGGGAAAUGUUUUAUCCAGAAAUCACAUCUUGUUAUACAUCAAAGAAGUCACACAGGUGAGAAUCUAUUUCCAUGUUCUGAGUGUGGGAAAUGUUUUGCACACAAAUCAGGUCUUGUUACACAUCAGAGAAGUCACACAGGUGAGAAGCCAUUUCUAUGUUCUGAGUGUGGGAAAUGUUGUUUAAGUAAAUCACAUCUUGUUAUACAUUAUAGAAGUCACACAGGUGAGAAGCCAUUUCCAUGUUCUGAGUGUGAGAAAUGUUUUGCACACAAAUCAGAUCUUGUUAAACAUCAGAGAAGUCACACAGGUGAGAGGCCAUUUCCAUGUUAUGAGUGUGGGAAAUGUUUUACAUACAAAUCACAUCUUGUUAUACAUCAGAAAACUCACACAGGUGAGAAACCAUUUCCAUGUUCUGAGUGUGGGAAAGGUUUUACAAACAAAUCGCAUCUUGUUAGACAUCAGAGAAGUCACACAGGUGAGAAGCCAUUUCCAUAUUCUGAGUGUGGGAAAUGUUUUGCACACAAAUCACAUCUUGUUAUACAUCAGAGAAGUCACACAGGUGAGAAGCCAUUUUCUUGCUAUGAGUGUGGGAAAUGUUUUACAUGGAAAUCACAACUUGUUACACAUCAGCGAAGUCACAAGUGAGAAGCCAUUUCCAUGUUUUGUGUGUAAGAAAUGUAUUGCACACAAAUCAGAUCUCCUUAAACAUGAGAGCAGUCACACAGGUGAGAAGCCGUUUUCUUGCUAUGAGUGCAGGAUAUGUUUUACACAAAUCACAUCUUGUUACACAUCGGAGAAGUCACACAGGUGAGAAUCCAUUUCCAUGUUCUGAGAUUGGGAAAUGUUUUGCACACAGAUCUCAGACAUAACAGAAGUCACACAGGUGAGAAGCCAUUUUCUUGCUCUGAGUGUGAAAUGUUUUACACAGAAAUCACAACUUGUUACACUUCAGCGAAGUCACACAGGUGAGAAGCCAUUUCUAUACUCUGAAAAAUAAAUCAGCACAAUAGACAUCUUUCAGGUGAGGAACCAUUAUAAUCUUCUGGAGUAUACUCAUUGCCAUGCAUUGUUCUUCAAGGUUCUUAUCCUAUAUCCUAUGCUUUUUGCAAUAUACAUGCUACUGCCAGGUGAAAUAAUCAGAUGGCUGCCCUCAUCUAUCACUGCUAUGCAGAUUACCUGCCCCAUUACUUCCAUCUGCAGAUGAAGGACUGUUACCAGCAGUACCAAGAAUCCCCAAGCAAUUCUGAGAUGUCAGGGGGAGACAGGGUUGGUGGCACUAGUGCUGUAGCGGGGGCUGCCGGAGGCACUGUCUGUGGGUAAAAUUGUCCCCAAGUAGUGCUGAGGUGGAAGAGGGGGUACACAGGGUGGCUGGCAGUAGUGGAGACGGUGGCAAUAGUGGGGAAGGACAAGGCGGUUAGCAGUAUUGGGGGAAAGACUCGUUGGGGGGAGAUAGGGCUGGUGGUGGUAGUGGGGGGAGACAGGGUGGAUGGCCGCAGUGCAGUACCAAGGGAUGCUGGAAGCAGUAAAGAGGUGUAUGGAUCCCACACAGAAUCAGCUGAUAAUUAGACUUGAUGAUGAUUAUGUGUCCUUAUUUCUAAUUAAUCCCUCAUAUGUGUUAUUGUUAUUUGCUGUGUCAACCUUUAUGUUGGUUCUGUGUAAUAAUCCUGGAAGUAGUGCUGCUACCGAUCUCAUAUCAUUUAUAGUCACUUGGAAAAGAUGAGAUAUGAGGUGCACUCUGGAAGCUUAUAGGGGGUUAAAGAUGAACGCACAUGUGACAUCACGCAGCCCCCCGGAAAAUGGUCCUGGUCCGCCUGCAUUCGCCCCUCAAGUAUGCGGCCGCAAUGUGCGUGUUCGCAUGGCUGACGCACAUGUGCAUUUUGCCAACACCAGCAAAUUGCUGUGGCCCACUAUUGCGGUUGGGCCUGAAUGACCCCCAUAGGCUUUUGGCUCUCCUGAUAUGUAUCUGUUUUACUUACCUGCAAUACUAACCCGUAACAUGACUUAUUUCUGUGCUUUAAAGGAUAUUUUAUCCAUGUGCAGAGUAAUGUAUUUUUUAAGUUUAAAAUAUAGACAAAA